AUGGGUAAUAGACACCAAGUCUAUGUGAUUUCCAAAAUCGGAAGCCGAUAUCGAACGCUUGCAACAGUUCAUCAUCAAUACGUGUUCGGACCAGAUGCUAUCGAACUGCUUUCCAACGCGGUACACUUGUUUCAGAGCCCUGAGAACAGAAUCGGCUUUGAGCAUGAAAAGCGUUGGGCUACACGUCUCCGAGAAUCCGAUUGGUGUAUACGGAAAGAAACCAACCCAUUUCCUUUUACGUUGACGUGUCUGUUCAUGGGGUAUUCGUUCAAGGAGGAGGAUGGUUAUUCGACUUCCUCUUGUCACCCGCAAACUUUCAAUCAGGAAUUUGAUAAAGCCGACAAUAAUGAAAGGAUCACCGUUUUGGAUAUAACAGACAUCGACAAAAUCCGCUAUUGUUUCGUCAAUAUUCAUUGCAAAUCGAACCGUAGAGCAUGGGAAAUAGUUAAUGAUUUUGGUGUUCCAAGUAUGGUUCCUCUGAGUGCUACUGAGUAUUUGAAGUCCUACGGCCACGAACAGGAGCAGUUUAAAGAGGCUUGGAAAGAGUGGAUUCAUCAUUUGAGCAAGCUAGAUCUUAUUGACACUGGUGCACUAAACAGCGUCUGGCCAAGGAAUACAUGGAAAUUACGUGUUGGUGCAGAGAUUGUACCACUAUCGGAUUCUGGUCAAGAGCCAAUUAACGUCGCCUUGCCAGUUUUUUCUCCGCCAUUGACACUACGCAAAGCUUGCAUGGAGAAGUUCUUGAAGGAGGUUUUCAACUGUCCAAUCAAGGAGCUUCCUGCCAAAUUUGAACGUGCGACGCUCCUGUCUGAUUUUCGACCUGCCUUGAAAUCAGCCAUAUUCUCGACACCGACGAUUCUUACAAGUUCCGCUGCUGCACGAUAUAUUUUCAGUCAACUACUAGAAAGUGAGAAAAGCAUUGACUUGGGUCCGUUUGAUCUCUCGCCUGAUCAUAUAAUAGAGGUACUGGAACAGCCCAGGAAAGCUGGAGUGUUGAAGAUCUUAAGUCUUUGUGGCAAUCAAAAGAUAAAUGAUGCCUCUCUAGUCAAGCUUAUUGAUGACUUUCCGCGUCUUCAAUCUUUGUAUUUACUGGAUACCCCUCAGAUUCCACUUGCGACAAAGAUAAAGAUACUUAGAGGCCAAUCAUUGAGGGAAUUUUUCGACACAGACCUGUAUGCACUGCCAUUCGCGUAUCGCGAAAAAUUCUACAACGAUCGAAGCUCUCGUAAUUACAAUAGUGGGCCCAUUCGAGCGCGCCGUCCAAAGCUCGGCCCUGAGAACGAAGAAGCAAGUCGAACUAUCGAUAUCAGUAAAGAACCCCAAAGCUUCAUGAAUGAUAUGAGCAGAUUUUGCCAUCUUCUCGAAAACGGAAUGCCACCGUUUUGCGGUUUGAGUUAUAUCUCGCCUGUAAUUGAACAGAUGAUAUACAUUACCUGUGGUAAGACUGACAAGAAUAGCAUACGUGAUAGUGAAGGGGGCCUUGAUAUAAUUAAUUUAUUUCAGAGACCAUCAACACACUCGGGGAUUAGUGAUCCUGGGUAUCAUGCUAUGUCGUUCAAAGAAGCGAACCGACGCCCUUCACUACUUUUGCAGAGCUUAGCCCGCUUUAUUGCAAUUUCUUUCCGCAAGAGACACAUAUGGCUCUCAGAGUUGAGAAUGACUCUGGCGAUGAUCCUCGCUAUGGAACCAAAUGACGGCCCAGGAUACAAGGUUUUACCACUCUGCGCAGGUCUUUUUAGCGACGACAUGGGCGUUGGCAUUUCAAAGAAAAAUGGAAUCUUUCAAAUCACUAGAGAGAUUAUUCCGAAUGAGUGGACUUUUGUCAUGAUUGCUGAAGAAGAAUCCUACAAGCUCAUAGAGAAAGAAAAGGCAAGAACUGAUACUCGGUCCCUUACCCGCUAUGCUUUUUUAUCGGCUGAGCGUAGUCCCGCUAGCUCAGCAUCGGGUGAUAUACUUUCAACCCUGAUUGUUGCCGAUGUAAAGCAGUUUUUAGAGAGCAAUUUUUCCAAACACGGUCAGGAAUGGCGCGAAGGGUUCUUGGAGUGGUGGGAUGACCAGGUUGUCAAUUGCUGGAAAUACCCCUUAAAGUUUUGUGGCAGGAAAGAGAUCGAGUCUGUCGUCAAAUCAAUAAAGUUUACUCCAGUCGCCGAACACUCAAACGCCGCAUAUGAAAUUGGAUUGGGGCGGGAUAAGAGGUUUAUCAAUUGUAUGGAAAAGAACAUAGAUCGCAAUUGA